AUGCCCCACUCGGAACCCCUAAAUACCGCUACGUCAUGCAUUGAGGUGGUGCCGCUUCCAGCUUUGGAAAGACUCAACACCCUACUAGGAGCAGAGGUUAAGCUGGCUCCCGGCGGAGACCUCGACCACUUAUCGUCCGACGACGAGAAGAAGCUGGUAGAUGCACUGCACGAGCACAGCGUCCUCGUUGUGCGACGAGCCGGCAUCAAGCACCCAUCGACAAUGACUGCUUUGUGUCGCAUCUUCGACAAGGAUGCACUGGAUAUGCACAGCUACGGAAAGACGGCCGUACGUGAGAAGACAAAUGUGCUCAGUCGCAACAAUGCUGGCCGUCUUAAGGGCGAUCCCAACGUCGUCGUCAUCGGCAACGGCUUCUACGAAAACUACGAUGGGGGUGAAGACCUACAGCUGCGGCAUGUGACCCAGGCUGAAUUCCAUGCGAAGCCGCUCACAGAGGCAGAAUUAGCCGAUGGCCAGACGCGAUUCUAUCGGUGGCACCUCGACGCCCCUUUGUAUGAGCGAUAUCCGGGCAAGGUGACGAUUAUCAGCUGCCAGGAAACCCCUGGCUAUCUUCCCGAUCAGAAGAUUGUCUUCGAAGAUGGUAGCGUUAAGAGCGUCUAUCCCGGCGGCACUGCUUAUGUUUCCGGCGCGCGAGCAUUCAGCCUUCUGACACCCGAGGAGAAAGAAUGGGCUAUGAACACAAGGGUUCAGUACGCACCUCGAGCGUAUAACUGGAUCGGUGACUGUAAAGCUACAUCGGAUGGCCUUACUAUUGAGAGCGAGGGAAAGGAGCGUGAUUUCGAUUCGAUGGAGCCGUGGACUUGGGACAAGGCUCACUGUUAUCCGCUCGUCUUCCGCAACCCUGGAAAGCCGUCUCGGCCUCACCUGAUCGCCCUUGGUUGUUGCGUGUACAGCCUCAUCACCACGGAUCCUCGUACUGGCAAAGAAACGACCAUUUCGGACUUUGGCGAGGCGCGCAAGAAAAUCCAUUCACUCAUGAAACGGUCCAUGAGCGACCGCUACGUCUAUGUGCAUCGAUACGAGCCCGACGAUCUCGUCAUUUGGCACAACCGUGCCGUCUGGCAUUCAAUCACAGGCGAACUCGGCAACUCCAAGCGUCUGAUGUGGCAAGCAGCCAACGGAAGUCCAUAUGCUCCACAGGCCGCUCAGUGGGACGAGGUGGACAUUGAGGGAAAGACUUGGGCAAUGGAUAUGUGUGUUGGUGUUUGA